CUGUGCAGCGGGUUGUGUGGAGGAGUUUACCAUCCGGGCUGCGUGGGUCUGAACACUACCAACUUUAAAGCUUGGACAGCCAAUGUUGGUCUUCUGUGGUUCUGCGACAACUGUAGGGUCAAUUUCAACCCUAGCAUAAUGAAUCGGGAAUCUGUGAUAAUGAAGACGAUGCGGGAUUUAUUGCUACGAGUCGAUUCAAUGGACCUUAGGAUUGGACAGUUUGGCGAAAAUUUGAAAACACUUUGUAACCUGCUUUCAAUAUCAACCUCAAUUAGACGAGAUUCCAAUAUUUCGUCCAGACCUCAAAACUUUUCUUCGGUGGGACCAGCGAUGCUAGAUCAUUCCGAGUUUUAUAACAGCAUCGAUCGCUUCAACUUGGACUUGUCGCUUCGUUCGAAUGUCGCCAACAUGACACUAUCUGGUGAAGAUGUUGAGUCUAUCGCCGAUUUGAUUGAUGAUGCCGCUGGUGAUGAAAUUGAUGAUACUGCACCCCGUCGAGUUACUUUCCCAAAUAACAACAUCACGAACUCAACUGCCGCUAUCAUGUCAGUUUCUGCUAAUACCGCAACUAGAAACAUUGCUUCUGACGGCACCAGUGCUGGCGCUAAUUCUACUCUGGCUACAACUGCAACAAAUAGACGAGCUGUACCUGCUGCUUCUUCUUCUGGGACUAACAAUGUGAUCACCGAAAACUGCCGUCUGCGGGUAGUAAACCGAAAUCAUCGUCGGGACACACGGAACCUAACUGCAGAUCACCUUAAGUCGUUCUACGUAACCCCCUUUGAUGUGGAACAAACCGAAGAUGACAUUGUAGAAUAUUUACGGGAGACUAUUAAUGUUGGAGAAUCCUCGUUGAAAUGUGUGAAAUUAGUUCCUCGAAAUAAGGACAUUAGUGAGCUUUCUUUCAUUUCAUUCAAAGUGUCUGUUUCCGAUAAUCUUGUUCCAUUCGUUAACGACAAGUUUUACUGGCCGGAAGGCGUCGAGGUACGCGAAUUCGAACCAAAAAACGAGAAGCAAACCGUUCCGAUAAUUACGACAUAAUGGAAGUGGAUAUCAGUGGAAAUGCCAAUGUACUUUCUUCUACUAAGUUAUUGCCUAUACCUAACAGUGAAGACACAAUUUAUGAUUCAAAUGUAGCUUUUCACUUUUUAAAUGGUGAUCAGGUAAAAUCUAUUCUUCAGAAAAAAUCUAAAAACUUUUUGAAAAUUGGUGUCCAUAAUGCUAGAAGCUUGAUUAGUAAUGUAGAUAAUUAUCGUUCCCUACUUGAAAAUGCAGAGUUAAACGUUUUUGCUGUUGUUGAAUCGUGGCUAAAAUCAACUCACACGAACACGUCU